AUGGAAGAGUUUCCAAUGACAUUCGACAGCAGUGAUGAGGAUGAUGAAGUCAUUAGCAAACAACAAACGAGCACAACACAGCAACAGGAGCAAGUAAACAGACCAUCUAGUAGUUGCACUAUCACCAAGUCGGCAGCAGAAGUCAACGCACAGUACGAAAAAUUGCCAACUCGUUUGUCCUCGGCGCCAACAAUGCCGGUAACAAAUCAAUAUGAUGCAAGUUUCCAUCAAUAUCCAUAUUAUAUGCACCCAUUUCCUAGUAACGUGAAUCAUUUUUCACCGGCUAAUGUGUAUCCGCAUCAGAUGUUCCCGACGCAAGCAACGCCACCGCCGUUAUUUUCAAAUUUCUUUCACCCGGCAAUGCCAAUGCCAAUGGCCUUGCCUUCCCAACUUAACGCCACAGAUUUUGCCAUGGUUCAAGACCACAAUACAGACUAUGAGAAAAAGACAGAAAAUAGUGUUGUGAAUAGACCAAAUAUCAACGAAAACGUUGCAGUGGGAAAAAGUCAUCAAACAGCGUUGCUAGAACUUGCUAAUGUUGCACUGCAAAGCCAUGAGCAAGGUCAAGGUAAACGAAAUUAG